AUGUGGAAGACAUACAAGCUGCUUCCAGAUCCGAAUGAAGAUGGGCAGCAGAACGAGCCAUUGGCUGUGGUCUGGGAUGAUUGCCAGGGGCAACUUGAGUGCAUAAUCUUCGAGGUCAUCCACGAGCUCGUUGCAGACACAUUGCCACACGAGCCCAUGGCAUCGAAGCAGUCCUGGCUCAGCGUCUGCUUCGGAUCGUUCUCCAUCCUCGGAUCUUGGGGCCCAGGUUACAGGCGCCACAAGGCCUGUCUCUUCGCCAACUUCGCAAUCUUCGAUCGCCCAGAGGAUGCAGAGGAGCGGAGGAAUUUGAACCACCAAGCCAUGAUCGGCGGCUGGCCGGUUACAGACGACGACUUGGCUUGCUUCGCGCCAGGGGAGUGGAAGCUGCUGAGGCAGCCACA